CCCGGAGCUGCACAGAUCGCUUUUCUCCCCCACAGAGACAGCAGCAGCUGGCAGGCACAGCCAGAGUGCUCAGUCUCCGUGAGCCUUCAGUCAGAGUGUGAGUGUGCUCGCACCGGCCGGUGCUCCCGCUGAUCUUCGUCGUGUGUGUGGCAUUCCACCCGCAUCGUCCAUUCCCGGCUAUGAGCUUUCAAAUCCUGGCUCCGUGCGUGGGUCGAUCACAUCCUUCAUACUGCAGAUGCAUGUCUGUCACGGCCUUAUUCCACAAGAGAUUCUUCUGAUCUCACUUCGUCACUUUCCAUCACUUCCAGCGUUUUGAGGAUAAGCUCGCUCAGUCAGCGACAUUAUCCAAUACGACACGAGAUCGGCUUGGAUUACCAAAGGUAGACUAAAGCUACAACAACGGACUUGGCACACUACCUGACUCGCCCACACAAUGGCUUCAUCAGCAGUGCUCAAAGCUGCAUCCGGCCUUGCGGCCGUCGCCUAUCUGGACGCCAAAUGGGGUUUGGGUAACGACCUUCACUUGGCCAGAGCCAACGCCAAGAGCAACCUGAACUUCCGACUGCGUUCAUGGAGGGGAAAGGCGAGCAUGUACUCUCUUUUCGAAGACACCGCUGCCAGGAGCCCGAACGAUGUUGCAUACGUGUACGAAGGACGUCAGACAACCUGGGGCCAGGCACAGACCGAGGUUCAUCGCAUCGCAAAUUACCUGCUGUCCAGCGGUCUCAACCCAGGAGACCGAAUUGCUCUGUUUAUGGGCAAUUGCACUGCUUACGUGCUGCUUUGGCUCGCUGCUUUGAGCAUCAACGUUGUGCCAGCAUUCAUUAACAAUGGUCUUCGAGGCCCCGCGCUUGCUCACUGUGUCAAGGUCUCCCGCGCUCGUCUGGUCAUUUACGAGCCGCAGCUCGAAUCUGCGCUUUCUGAAGUAGACGCGGACCUGCGCUCUGCCGGCCACCUGAAGAAGUACGUGUGCUUCGAUGAUGGCGUGGCCAUCGACGAAAAGACGGCUGCGCCUCACGCUGUGCAGCUCAAAGAUUCAGAAUACUUUGGACCUCAGCAGCUGGCGGCGCAAAGCACCAAGGCACCCAACCCUAAGCUUAGAGAGGCCAUUGGACCCAGCGAUAUUUCCACUCUCAUCUUCACCAGCGGAACAACUGGCCUUCCCAAAGCUGCCCUGUGCUCGCACGGGCGUAUUGGCGGUGCCUGCGCGAUGUGGCCCAACGUGAACGGCUUCAACAAGAACGACCGAAUUUACACGCCCAUGCCCCUGUAUCACUCUUCUGCCGCAUUCCUCUGCAUCGGAGCGAGCUGGUACUCUGGCUCUACGGUCAUCAUCGGGCGCAAGUUCUCUGCCUCUAGGUAUUGGCAGGAGGUGCGCAAGUACGACGCGACCGUCGUGCAGUACAUCGGAGAGAUCGCGAGAUACCUGCUAGCUGUGCCUCCCCACCCUGACGACAAGAAUCACCGCGUCCGCAUGGCGUACGGCAACGGAAUGCGACCCGACGUCUGGCAAAAGUUCCGCGAGAGGUUCGGCGUUCGCGACAUUUCUGAAUUCUACGCGUCUUCAGAGGGCAACGGUGCGCUUCUCAACUACAAUUCCGGACCCUUUGGAGCUGGAGCCAUUGGCCGCUUCGGCAACGCUGCGCGCACUUUUCGACCCGACUUCAAGAUUGUACAGGUUGACGCCAUUACCGAAGACAUUGCCAGAGACCCCAAGACUGGCUUGUGUAUCCCUUGCGGCCCAGGGGAGAGUGGAGAGUUCUUGAUGCGCAUCGCAACUGGAGAUCCGAAGAGCGCCUUCCUUGGUUAUGCAGACAACCCCGAGGCCACCAAGAAGAAGAUCCUUACUGAUGUGUUUGCCAAGGGCGACGCCUUUUUCCGCUCCGGAGAUCUCCUGAGUCUAGACAAAGAUGGAUACUACUGGUUUGGUGACCGCAUCGGAGACACUUUCCGUUGGCGCUCUGAGAACGUCUCCACUGCAGAGGUGGCCACCGCUUUGGGAGAGGUGAUCGACGAAGCGAACGUCUACGGUGUCCUGGUACCCAACCACGAUGGACGUGCAGGAUGCGCGGCUGUGCCCAAGAACAUUGCAGCAACAAUGGAUCUGGCUAAACUUGCGCAGCACGCCAAGAAGCGUCUUCCAAAGUACGCUGUGCCGCUCUUUAUCCGGGUGGUGCCCAGUACGGAGAGCACUGGUACUGUCAAGCAGCUCAAGGUGGCGCUCAGAAACGAAGGUAUCGAACACGAAAAGUGCGGCAGCGAUCCACUCUAUUGGCUACCGCCGUCUGCUGAUGCCUACGUUCCCUUCAAGAAGUCGGACUUCGAAGCCAUCGCUGCGGGCAAGAUCAAGCUCUGAGUGCAGCUUUGCCCCCAGCACGACCUUCAACUUUGCUCUGACUGGCCGCAGUAUCACGCGUCUUUGGCUCGAAUUGACAAUCCAUCUGCAGAACGAGACCGGGGCUGCUCCCCGCUCCUUACUUUGUGUCUUUUGGCAUCCUCUCCCUCUCCACCAGGGAUUCCAAAAUGUUUUCCGAAUGCAUAGAAUAAUGAUCUGCUGCG